GGGAUCAUAAGACAUAGUACCAGCCCUUUUUCAAGCCCAGUUUUAUUGGUCAAGAAAUAAGAUGGAGGCUGGAGAUUUUGCACUUAUUACAGGGCCUUAAACAAGGUCACCAUACCAAAUAAAUUUCCUAUACCAGUGAUUGAAGAGUUAUUGGAUGAGUUAGGAGGGGCAGUGAUAUUUUCUAAACUAGAUUUAAAAUCUGGUUACCACCAAAUCAGGAUGAGGGAAGAUGAUGUAGCCAAGACAGCUUUCAGGACUCAUGAGGGUCACUAUGAGUAUUUGGUUAUGCCUUUUGGACUAACCAAUGCUCCCUCAACUUUUCAAGCAUUAAUGAAUGAAGUGUUGAGGCCUUAUUUAAGAAAAUUUUGCUUAGUUUUCUUUGAUGACAUACUGGUUUACAGUAAAGGGAGGGAGGAGCACAAGCAACAUUUGACAGAAAUUCUGAAAGUACUAAGAGACCACAAGUUGUUUGCAAAUAAGAAGAAGUGUUAUUUUGCACAGGGGGAGGUUGAGUAUCUUGGGCACAUCAUUUCUGGAAGAGGUGUAGCAGCUGAUCCUAAGAAAAUUGAGGACAUGAUGAAAUGGCCCAUUCCUAAAGAGCUAAAAGGGUUGAGAGGAUUUCUGGGCAUCACUGGAUAUUACAGGAAAUUUGUGAAGAAUUAUGGGAAAAUUGCUUGGCCUCUAACCCAAUUACUCAAGAAGGAUAGUUUUUUAUGGAGUAGGGAGGCUCAAGAAUCUUUUGAGAAGCUUAAAGAAGCAAUGACUACCAUACCAGUACUAGCUAUGCCAGACUUUGACAAGGAGUUUAUCUUGGAAACUGAUGCAUUAGGUAAGGGGAUAGGUGCUGUCUUGAUGCAAGAAGGGAGGCCCAUUUCAUAUAUGAGUCAGACCUUGUCUUACAGAGCUCAGUAGAAGUCAGUUUAUGAGAGGGGGCUCAUGGCUAUUGUAGUCUCAAUUCAAAAGUGGAGACCCUAUUUACUAGGGAGACAUUUCAA